AUGCAUGUAACUCUUUCAGUGUACAUCAGCCUGUACUACGCAGCAUUCUAUGUGGUGAUGACAGCACUGUUUUCCCUGGCCAUCUACGUCCUCAUGUACACACUGAACCCGUAUACGCCAGAUUACCAGGAUCGAUUAAAAUCGCCAGGUGUAAUGGUUUGGCCGGACACAUAUAACGAUGAAACCGUAGAGAUAAGCUACAACAUGUCUGAUAAGAACAACUGGAUGAAGAAGUCAGAAAUUCUUCAGAACUUCCUUAAACCAUACAACGAUACCACACAGAAAGAGUGCAAUUAUUACAACUGUACUACUGGCAAGUAUUUCUUCCAACAUGAAUUCAGUGCUCCAAAACAUACCAAGUGGUCCUGUCCUUUCUACCAAACCAUGCUGGGUAACUGUUCUGGCAUCGAUGACCCUACAUUUGGUUACAACUCCGCCCAGCCAUGUAUAAUCAUCAAGAUGAACAGGAUCAUCAAUUUCCUGCCGAACAACGGAACAGGAAAUGCGCCAUAUGUCAACUGCACCGUGCUGGAAGGUCACGAUAAUGUUCUUGACUAUACGUACUACCCUGUUAAUGCAACGUUUGACCUCUCGUACUUCCCAUACUACGGCAAUCUGGCCCAGCCAACCUAUGUGAAUCCUUUGGUGGGGGUGAAAUUUCAUCUCAUUAACCAGAGGCAUGCGGUGAUCCAGUGCAGGGUGACGGCCAACAACAUUGCUUAUCAGAACUUCUACGAUCCCUAUGAAGGAAAAGUGACCUUCCAUUUAAACGCUUUGAGUUAG